ACACAAUCAUUAUUCAAUUACACACUGAAUAAGUUUCUAUGAAUGAAACUUGUGAAAAAUUAAAACAAUUCAUGAAUUUGAUUUAAAAUCUUAUUAUAAAAUUAACUUAGUAACUAACAGAAAUGUAUUUGUCUUUUCUUAUCUUUUCUCCUUCUUUUUUUAAAAUGAAUAUAAAACUACUACUUAUAUAAAUUAAUAUAAAGGAGAGUUUGUUACAUACUACUUAAAAGAAAAAAACAAAUAAACGAUUGUGAUUAGUGAGAGAGAAAAAAAAUGUUAUUCCAUCUUAUUCUAAUUCAUUGUAUUGUUUAUAUGAUCAAUGCUCAAGGUUGUACAAUGGACGAUGGGAGAGUUUUAUCCCCCGGUGAACAAGUUCGAUUAGCAAACUUUCCAUGUGCAAUAUGCCGUUGUGAUCCAAAUACACGUGAAGUUGUUUGUGAAACAGAAACUUGUCCAACUUUGCAAUGUGGAGAAGAUGAAGGACAACUUCUAGAACCUGGUCAAUGUUGCCCAGAAUGUGUUGCAAAGAGUCGUGUGGAACCAGUACUACCCCAAGCUACACCUCGUACAUAUACUGACGAACCAAGGUCAACAAGAACACCAAGACCAACAGCCGAACCAGCACAAACUCUACCACCUCCACCGCCACCAUUACCUGAUGGGUCUCCAGGACUUAGAGGACCUGUUGGACCGCCUGGACCUCCUGGACCACCGGGAGAUCCUGGUUUCGAUGGUGAAAAUGGAUUGCCUGGUAUGCCUGGUCUCCCAGGUCCACCCCCUCAAGAUGUCGAUGACUACAUGCAACGUUCUAGAGCAAUGGUAAAAGGUCCAGUUGGUGAAAAUGUAACCAUGUAUCAAGAUAUCCGGGUAACAAUGGGACCACCUGGUGAACCAGGUGCACCCGGAUUCCCAGGAGUCAUAGGCUCACCUGGACCGAUCGGACAACCUGGGCUGAUGGGAGAUCCCGGUCCAUCGGGAAACCCUGGAUCGCGAGGACAUGCUGGGCCUGUUGGAAAUGAUGGAAAAGCUGGACCGAUAGGGAGACCAGGGUUAAAAGGUGCUCGAGGACCACGUGGCAUACCUGGAGUCAUGGGAGAAGCUGGACUUCCUGGAGCAAUGGGUCUGCGAGGUGAACGAGGAGAACGUGGAGAAGAAGGUAUCAAAGGAAUGGCUGGUGAUUAUGGGCCGAAAGGACUACCAGGACCUGUAGGACCGAAAGGUUCGAUCGGUCUUCAGGGUCAACGAGGUGAACCGGGCCCCAGAGGAUUCAUGGGACUGCCAGGACCUAUAGGAGUUGAUGGGACAGAUGGUGUUCCGGGAGCACCAGGUGAUCCUGGAGCACCUGGCCCCCAAGGAAGUCCUGGGUUGCAAGGCCCAGAAGGACCUAAAGGUCAACCUGGUCUUCCUGGCCCUAAAGGAGAGGUCGGUUUCCCUGGAUUACGUGGAGAUAGAGGAGCGCCAGGACCACCUGGAAAUCCUGGAAAACAGGGUGCACAUGGACCUCCAGGAGCAAUCGGUAAUAAAGGAGAGCCAGGAGAUCGAGGACACCCCGGAAAACCUGGGAUGAUGGGAAUCAGAGGAUUUUCUGGUGGAGAAGGAGAAAUAGGUCUUGUGGGUGCGAAAGGACCAGAAGGCUCGGUGGGGUUGCAAGGUGCGCAAGGUUUGCCAGGACCAGAAGGUAUUAAAGGUCGUCGCGGUGAGCGUGGCCCACCGGGGCCAGUAGGUGAACAAGGUAGUAGAGGUAUACGUGGUUCCGCUGGGCUAUCGGGAGCCCCUGGGCACGAAGGCAGUCGUGGUCUUCCAGGACUUCGUGGUCCCCCGGGUCCUGAGGGCCCACCGGGUGCUAUUGGUCCAGGUGGAGCACCUGGUAUAACUGGUCCUGUUGGUGAGAAGGGAGCUCAAGGAGACAUUGGCCCAAGUGGUCUCAAAGGUCCUACCGGUCCUAGAGGUUCAGUUGGGAAUCGUGGACAACCAGGACCAACUGGUGAACCUGGUCCUAAGGGUCCACUUGGAUCUAUUGGUCGACCUGGCAUGCCUGGUGCAGCAGGAAUUCCUGGUCCGCACGGCCCUCAAGGAGGACAAGGGUUACGUGGUUUACCUGGUUCAGUCGGGAAGACCGGUGACCCUGGAGCAGUUGGAUCAAGAGGUCCCAGGGGUGACAGAGGUCCACGAGGGGAACCCGGACCUCCGGGUCCAUUUGGACCGUCAGGUGAGAAAGGCCAACGUGGACAAUCUGGCAAACGUGGUCCUAUGGGAGCAGAAGGUAGAGUUGGUCCCGAAGGUCCACCAGGGACACCUGGGAAACCGGGUGAUCCUGGGCCAGCUGGGGAACCUGGGCAUAUCGGUCCACCAGGACCUCCAGGAGAACGUGGAGCCCCAGGACAAAUGGGCCCACCGGGCCCACCUGGAAGGGCUGGGGACAAAGGAGCUUCAGGUCCAGUUGGACGUGAUGGGCUCAAGGGCGACAGGGGUGAAAAAGGUGACAUGGGAGACAGUGGGACGGUUGGUGUGCCCGGCCUUGUUGGCAAUACUGGAAUUCGUGGUGAGAGGGGUGAAAAGGGCGAUAGAGGACCCACUGGGCCACGAGGGGAACCGGGCCCAGUGGGAGCUCCAGGACAGAGAGGGUCCGACGGCCCUAUGGGGCACCCUGGACCGCAAGGACGAACUGGUAACAAAGGGAUAUUAGGAAUUCGUGGUUAUCAGGGCGACAAAGGGACACCUGGGGACCAGGGACCACAAGGUAUUCCGGGUGAUUCAGGUAUACCAGGGCCACCCGGCCCACCUGGUUCUGUCGGAAUGAAAGGAGUUAAAGGGGAAAUGGGUCCACGUGGACCUCGUGGUGAGGCUGGUAACAUGGGAAUAAAAGGAGUUCAAGGACCACCUGGGCCUAAAGGUCACCCUGGAUUACCAGGUCAGCAGGGUGAUAGAGGCCAACCAGGUGUACAAGGAGAUCAGGGGUCGGAAGGUUUAAUUGGAGAACCUGGACCCCAAGGACCACCAGGAGAAAAUGGUCGACCAGGCCCCCCAGGACCUGCUGGACAAACUGGGCCUAAAGGUGAGGCUGGGGACCCAGGACUCGAAGGACCCGCGGGUUCAGACGGAAUGGCUGGACUUCCGGGUCCUGCAGGUGAUAAAGGGGAACGAGGAGACCCUGGAUUACCGGGUACAGUAGGUCCAAUUGGACCAGAUGGUGAUCAAGGACCAAGUGGUGCACCGGGAAAAAUUGGACCAACGGGACCACCUGGUAAUGUGGGGAAACCUGGAGAAAUGGGUCCGCCAGGAAAUGCUGGUUUACCUGGAAGAACAGGUUUACCUGGUCCUCCUGGAAAAGACGGUCAGAUGGGAAAACAAGGUCCUCGUGGUGAAGAGGGACCUCGAGGACCAGACGGGAAUGCAGGAAUGCAGGGCCCACCCGGGGCUUCAGGUGUUAAGGGUCCUCCAGGAAGCAGAGGACCAACUGGUCCAACUGGAAUCAGAGGACCGCCUGGACUAAUUGGACAACCUGGGCCACCAGGUAAACAAGGAAGUCAAGGAAGACCUGGAAAACCAGGUCCGGAUGGAUUUGAAGGGAAACGAGGUCCUCCGGGUGAAAUAGGAGCACCUGGAGUUCCUGGAAGCAAAGGACCUGUGGGAGACGAAGGAGAACCUGGCUCAAGAGGUGCAUCCGGAAACAUGGGUCUUACUGGACCACCUGGUGAUGGUGGACCUCCUGGAUUGCCAGGAAGUCCAGGUUCAAGAGGACCACAAGGACCAAUGGGUGAAGUUGGCCUAAAAGGUGAAACGGGUCUUCCAGGAGUUCCAGGACCAAUUGGGCAACCAGGACCAAUGGGACCACCAGGUAUUCAAGGUCCACCUGGUGAACCAGGACCGCCAGGAAAUGAUGGUCCUCCGGGAGCCAUUGGUUUGCCUGGGCCACCGGGAGAGUUUAAAACUGACUAUACAUCAUUAUUUAGUCGUAGAAGAGAUUCAGAUGUUGGAAUGAUGGUAAGGUUGAAAAGUUAAUUGGUAAUAUAUUUAACAGAUAUUUACUGAAUACAAUAAAAAUGCAUGCAUAUAACGUUUUUGCUAGUAGGAUAGUUUACGGACGUUUUGUAUGUUUUUUUUCAAUGUGUGAAUCAUAGUACAGUUUUGUUCAAGUUUAAACAAUUUUGUAAGGUGGUUCUGGAAAUAGAUUCAUUUAUGAAGUACUGACACCUACUAGAAAUCCAUUGCAGGCCAGAGAAAACUGAAUAGCUAUUUUUUUCCAAAUUUUAGACUGUUUAACAAGAUAUCCUCGUAGCCUGACAUGGGAUCAAACUUAAGAUUUUCGAAUUUUGAUUCUUAGUAGCUUAGUGAAAAUGCAUGGCUGUUAAAAAUCAGCUAGGUUAUUAGUGAAACAAAUAUCAUCAAAAACUAUCAUGAUGUCUAUCUAAUAAAGUCACUGAAUUCCACCUAAGUUAUAAAAAUCGUCGACUUUAAGCCAGCAUGGAAUCAUGUUCAAGUAAAGAUGGUGAAUUCUAAAGCCAUUCAAUACUUCCUGGUUUCAAAUAAAUCUUCAGUUAAUGUCAAUACAUUGAUAAACUGUUAUCAGAUUAACAAGAUUUUGUGACAUUAUUUAGAUUUGAGUACUCUGUGAAAUUAUGGACUCGUGUUGCAUCCUAUUUAAAACUCCUCAGAUAUAUCUACUUUCAACACAUUGAAAUAUGAUCAACUCAGUGUAACCUAAAACAUAGUAGUUAUUGCCUCAAACUCGUAAUUCUCAAUCAAGGAAACGACUCAUUCAUGUUUUGUUAUUUGGAGCUGAUAAACAAAUUACUAAGGUAUUCAUGUAUACAAAACAAAAUGAAAUGAAAAUUUAGUGUAAUUAAUUCUCUCCAUCAUGUCAACAAGUAUAUAUUAAAAAAAAAAUAAUAAUAAACGGAAAAUCUUUGGACUCAAUUACAUUUCAAACCGGCUUCAUAAAAGAUUGAACUCAUUCUAAAUAAAUUAACAGUUUUAGCCAACCUUAAAGAUAACUAUUGUCGUUAGAGUCAUAUUCAAUUUUGAAGUAUUCUAUCAUUAGUCUGUCUAUUAUAAGGCUUUUUGUUGAUAAAAUUGAUUAGAAGGAACUAACGAAGUUGAUGCAAGAUCAUUACAGAAA